CAUGGACAGCGACUUCAUUAAAGAAAGAAGAUUUGCAGAUGAGAUGCACAUGUUGAAAUUUUCACUCAGAUAAAGGACAUCUCAAAUGAACCUGCCAUAUAGUUCGAUGACACUAGAUUGAAGAAAUGGAAAGGCCAAUGCUGGUGGGAGCAGUGAACUGCACAGCUAUUCUGGAGUUCACCCUGGAGGGCUUCCCUGUAGUCCAGCACCUGGGGAAGGUCCUCUUCCUGCUGCACCUGCUGGCCUACCUGGCCUCUGUCAUGGGAAACUCACUCAUCAUCACAAUCACCUGGGCUGACCAGCGCCUCCACACACCUAUGUACUUCUUCCUCAGCACUUUCUCCUUCUGUGAAUGCAGUUUCAUCACCACGGUUAUUCCUAAACUCCUGACCAUCUUUCUGUCAAGAAAGCACACAAUUUCCUUUGCUGCAUGCUUCACACAAGCAUUUGCUUUUCUUUUCCUGGGUGCAACUAUUUUUUUCUUGAUGGCUGUACUGUCCCUGGAUCAGUACCUGGCCAUCUGCAAACCUCUGCACUACCCUACCAUCAUGAACCCAAGGACAUGUGUCCUACUGGUCACUGCCUGCUUCUCUUUGGGAUUUCUACUCAUGGCAGGUCCGAUAAUCAUGCUGUCCCAGUUGUCCUUCUGUGGCUCCAAUGUCAUCCCUCACUUCUUCUGUGAUUUUGGACACUUGGCAAAACUCUCAUUUUCUAAAAACAGAUCUAUUGAAACAUUAUUCUUCAACCUUGUCUUUUUUCUCCUUUUUACAUCCUUCCUUAUGACCGUCAUCGCCUACAGCAACAUACUAGUCACAAUUGUGCGCCUCCCAUCAGCCAAGGAGAGGCAGAAAGCCUUCUCCACCUGCUCCUCUCACCUCGCUGUCCUCUCUCUGAUGUACGGCAGCUGUGUCUUCAUCUAUGUGAAACCAAAGCAAACAAGCAGGCUGGACUCCAACCGAGAGGCUGCUCUAGUAAACACAGUGGUGACCCCGCUGCUGAACCCUGUCAUCUACACCCUGCGGAACAAGCAGGUGCACCGGGCACUGAGGGACGCUCUGUCCAGGGUGAAGUUGCAGAAAUAGAAUCACAACAUUUUAUUGGUGGCGUGUACUUUCCCUUCUACCGAAUCCAACUUUUUUUUUUCUAUUUCUAGAGUCUUUGAAAUGAACGUUUGAAAUUAACUUUGAAAUGAACGUCAAUUUUUUUCAGUUCUGUUUGUUUAUCCUUAGAAUAGCGGUUAAUGUAUCCAACAACCCAAUCUAAGAGCUCCAAUAGUUUUCUUCAUAUAAUGAUGAGAAUACCUUCCUGAAUUUUUUAUCACUUCAAAAUUAAUAAAAUUCAACAUAUUAAUGGAAAAUCUAAUAUACACAUAUUUGUUUGAUAUGUUGAAUUCCAAAACCAAAAGUCUCAUGGUUCCACUAUAUAUUUGUGAGUGUAUGGACUAGGGGACAUUCCUGCAC